AUGAAGCUCCAUAUAACUCUCUGCAAGGCCACAUCGUAUGAUGCAGAACUUCUUUCCAGAGUUCAUGGAUUCCCCAGUGGUGGCAGCUCUUUGAGUAAAUAUUCGCUGCAAGGUCUUUUGGAAGUUAUUGCUGAGAAACUGUCAGAAGAAGAAAUUGGUGGUUUGAAGGAGCUGUUUAAAAUGAUAGAUGCAGACAACAGUGGAACAAUUACUUUCGAGGAACUGAAAGAGGGCUUAAAACGAGUGGGUUCUGAACUCAUGGAGUCUGAAAUCAAGGAUCUCAUGGAUGCAGUUAUUGCUGAGAAACUGUCAGAAGAAGAAAUUGGUGGUUUGAAGGAGCUGUUUAAAAUGAUAGAUGCAGACAACAGUGGAACAAUUACUUUCGAGGAACUGAAAGAGGGCUUAAAACGAGUGGGUUCUGAACUCAUGGAGUCUGAAAUCAAGGAUCUCAUGGAUGCAGUGGACAUUGACCACAGUGGAACAAUAGACUAUGGUGAAUUUCUUGCUGCGACUGUGCACUUGAACAAGUUGGAAAGAGAGGAGAAUUUAGUAUCAGCCUUCUCCUUCUUUGACAAAGAUGGUAGUGGUUACAUAACCAUUGAUGAGCUUCAGCAAGCCUGUAACGAGUUCGGUUUGAGUGAAGUUCACCUUGAUGAUAUGAUCAAAGAAAUUGAUCAAGAUAACGUAAGUUUAUGCAGAUUGAGUGCCAUCUUUAUUAUAAGGAAUUAGCUAGCUCUAUAGAUGCUUUCUGUGAAAGAAAAGGGCUAUUGGAUACUAAAUAUCUUUUUGUUCAAUUUGACUUGAGCAAUAUGCGUGUAUUUCAACUACACAUUUUUAGCCGUUGCUUGGUGCCAGGGUUGGGCUAAUUAUCAUGAGAUUGUUGGUUCAAAUACUUUAUUGGUGUCUUUAUGCAAAUAAUUUCAAAGCUUAGGUUUGUACUAUGUCCAUCAGACCAUCUAUCCCAGCACCCUUUGUUAACAGGAAUCAAAUUAUGUAAUGGUCUUUUUUAUUCAUAUAACAUGUUUAGGGGAAAAAAACAAACUGGAAAAAAACAGGGGACAUAU